AUGCUUCGAGAGAUCGCUAAGCGAGUGAUUCCGCGAAAGCAGUGGGCGGCCACAUACGUCGAUACCAUGCCCAGCAUGCGACACGCGAGAGGCGCCGCGCGAUGGGGCGGAGUGGCGGUGUUUGGGUUGUUUUGGUUGAUCGGGGACGAGUCGUUCGCGUGGGCGAAGAGCGUCGUCGUCGGCGGAGCCUCGGAGGAGGAGGAAUAG